CCGAGCUGGAAUCGUGCAUGGACCUUCUCCCUCUCGCUCGCCGUCUUUCCUCCUCGGCCGGGCAGCAGCCGACGCACGGGUCGAUCGCUUGAUCGUUCAGCUUUCAGAGAGCGAGUGUGCGUGCGACCGGGCUCGAGGCGGUGCGUGCGGGCGGACGAGGCGGACCUGCUCGUGCGCGAGCUGCGCUCCUGCUUCUACGACUCUCUGCUUCCUCCGCUUCCACGCUCCUGUGCCCGCUCGAGCUGCACCUGCGCUGCAGCCCCCGACUGCGCUCCUCUCUAGCGUUUGAGCUGCCCAUUCGUCGUGCACGCGCCUUCUUCGGCCCGCAACUUGGCGACAUGGACUCGCUGCGCAGCUUGACGAGGGAGCUAUCGAGGCGCGCACAGCGCGAGGAGGACAAGGGCGGAUACACGGCCAUCCCGAUCGGCCUGAAAGUCUCCCUCACCCAGGUCGUCUUGCGCCGAAUCGCCCUCAUCUUCAUCGCCCUCGCGCUCUGCAUCUUCUUCAUCCUCUCGUCAGCUCGAGCACGCCUCUCGUCGGCAGUCAACCCCACCUCGUGGCGCGUCCGUCCCGCCAACCUCCCUCGAACCCGAGUCGGGCCCCGCCGCUCUCCCUCCCUGUACCACGGUCGAGGCUGCAACGCGAGCGAGCUCAUUGCAGCUGUCGCACGGUCGAGGAUCCGCGAGGACGGCGCAUCGCGGACCGAGCACGAGCCGCCGGCGGGACGAGGUCCGAGCGAGUUUGACCUCGACGCCUUCACGUUCUCGUUCGACCUUGACGGCUGUCCUGCGCCGCACAUCUUCUCGCCGGCCGAGACGUGCGACCUCCUCUCGGCGUUUGGCGGCGUCUACACUCGCGGCGACUCUCUCAUGAGGCAGUUUGCCCAAGGCGUUUUCCUCCUUCUCGCCAACUCGUUUGACCUCAUGCGGGUCCCGAUGCGCAAGUGCGUCGGCGAGGGCAUCUUUACGCAGGGCAAGGCGUGCAAGGGCUACUCGGUGUUCGACAGCGCCGAGUUGCGCACCGUGUGCGGCAAGGAGGACGAACCGUUCGCCAUCUACGACCAGUUCUGGGGCUUUGGCAAGGAGGCCAACACGUCGGCGUCGUUCCUCCUCGACAAGUACCGCACCUACGUCGACGCGCUCCCCGAGCGGCGCAGGCGGUACUCGCCGAUUUUCGUCCUCGGUGUCGGCAUCCACUCGGCCUGGAACGUUCGAGAGACGCUCGACCUGCACCUCGCGCCUUUCCUCGCACAGACCUCCUCCGCCACCGCCACUCCUCGCCCGCUCACCUUCUUCUCCGGCUACCCCGCCGUGCCGGCCAACAAGCCGCCGACGUACCUGCCCCGGCAAGGCGCUGCCAACACGCGGCAGUACAACGCCGACGUGCGCGAGCUGCUUGACAACGUGAGCCCGGGCGAGCCGAGCGAGGGAGCGUGGACGAUGCUCGAGUGGUACAACGUGACCGACGGUGCGCACUCUUUCGACGGGACGCACUACGGGUUCCAGGUCGCGAUGGAGCGGGCGCAGGUCUUUCUCAAUGUGCUCGACACGGUCUGGGGCGAGGUGGUGGCGCAAGGCGGGUUGGUCGACGAGACGAUUCUUGGCAGCGUCUGA